UUCAUCACGUCACCAUUAUUCACAUUAAUAAUGUCGAACUCAUUGGCUUGUAUUUGUAAUAUCAUAAGUCCAUGUCGCAAUGAAAUCGCUACCAGCUUUGUUGUAGUACAAUGGUUUUUAGCUAGCUUCGCAGCCAUUGCGCAAGUCGUGCGUCCAGUUUUGUUUUUCUUUGGUUUACGUGCUCAAGUUGAGCUUACUGAAGAGGACUAUGCGAAAACAUGGAUGUACAUGCCUGAUGGUGACGGCCACCCAGAAGUUGCGUAUUUGGUGGAACCACCACCAGAUGGACAUAGAACUGAUAUACCACAAUUGAUAGAGUUCGAGUAUUAUAAUAGUGACAAUACCAGUAAGCCGACCUCAGCUGGUUUCUGGGUAAGUGAAAAUGAUAUUACAUUUAGAAGAAGAAAACGCGACACUUGGGAAGAAAUGGCAGAAAAAUUUAAUCCCGAAUUGGAUACAAAAAUUUUAGUGCAUGGCUGGAAAUCUAGCACGCAAAGUAAUUCGAUACAAUCUAUACGUGGAGCUUAUACAAUGCGUGGAAAGGUUAAUGUCUUUGCAAUAAACUGGAGAGAUCAAGCAGAUAAUAUAUACUACUUGAGGCCAGCGCGGUAUACGGUUCAAGUAGGCAGAGCCGUUGCGAAAUUAAUUGAUUUAUUAGUUGAAGAGAAGGGUGCCGAUUCAAAACGCAUACAUUUAAUUGGUCACAGUUUGGGUGCGCAUAUAAUGGGCUACGCUGGUUCUUAUACUAAAUAUAGAGUGGGUCGCAUAACAGGUUUAGAUCCAGCACGCCCAGCAUUUGAAGACUGCAUUGGACCAGAGAAUCAUUUAGAUCCAACUGAUGCAGAUUUUGUUGAUGUUAUUCAUAGUUGUGCAGGCGUACUCGGUUUCAGAAAACCCAUAGGCUUUGUUGAUUUUUAUCCAAAUGGUGGUGGAGCUCCACAACCUGGUUGCUCUGAACUAAGCCAAAUUUUUACUGGGUGCAGUCAUGGACGUUCCUAUGAAUACUUUGCUGAGUCUGUAAAUAGUGACAAAGGAUUUCAUGCAAACCAAUGCACUGUUUUUGAGGAUCUUGUUCAUAAAAAUUGUACCGGUGGUAAAAUUUUGAUGGGUGAUCCGGUGCCAAAAGACGCAUCAGGCAUUUUUUAUGUUAAAACCUCAAAUAAACCUAGUUUUGCAUUAGGCAUGGAGUUGUAAAUAUUUUUUUAUUAUCAAUUUU